UUAUGGCGGUCGACCGCCCUCAGCACCUGUGCUGCUAUCUCGUCCACCAAUAAAUGAAAAUAAUUAAUAAGAUGUGAUUAGGUUAAACAUUAUGUUCCUAAAAGCUGUAUUAUUAUUAUCACAAAAAUGACUAAUGUCCCAUUUGACAUGUUGCUACAUCCUGAACUAUUAACGAAUGACCAACUUGUUACAAUAAUACAACAGAGGCAUUUGCGAGUACCUAAUAUGGAUACAAUGAGUAGGGAUGACUUGUUAGACUUAUUUCAUCAUUAUUGUGUACCUUACGGACAAAGGAAGCACCGAGACUCCGGAAGAGGGAAGGUCUUAAAUAGACGACAUGUAAGUCCGGAGCCGGCGGCUACAGUGUGCCUAGCUAGCGAUAAUCAAAACAAGAACUUGUCACAUGAGCUCAGUAAGAGAUUAAAGCCGCCGCCUGAUUUGUUAUCAGGGCACAUGAAACGGAUUAAACUCGAAAAUAAAAAAAUAAACAAUGACUUUGAUACUUUAAAAAGAAAAAUGUCAGUUGAUGCUAGUCCAGUUUGUGAAGCACCGCCACAUAAAAAAGAGAAAAAACUAAUAACUUGGCCAUAAUGCAUUAAAUAUUUUAUGUGCCUGUAAAUAAAAGAAGUGAAAAAAAUAGUUAUGAGAAAGCAGAGUCCACUCUCCGGGAAAAGGCAUUACAUGUAUAAGUUGUUUGAUUACUUGUUUAUAGCUCUCUCUUUGCUGAUUGUAAUGUUCCACUGGCUUCUACAUUCUACUGGCAAGUAAACAUGAACAAGCUUCACUGACCCAGAAGCACAAUUUAAAUUAUAUACUGUAGUUAACUAAAUGUUUAUGUUGAUACUUGGUGUAUGCAAUACAUACUAAUACAUUGCCUAACGGGCGAAUUUUUCGACCAAAUAUAUGUCAAUUCCAUGAAACUCGGCAGCCAUUACAUUAUUUACUAUUUUUGUCGAAAAUGUAAAUAUUAGAUAAUUCAAUUAGCUUCUUCCCAAAUUGUUAUUAUCAUCCAGUUUGUUCAAAUAAGUAGCAAUUACUGUAAUAACUUGAUCCAUUUAUCAUAUCUCUAUGUAUAAAUGUAACAAUACCCGAGCUAAUCCCAGUAACUUUGAAUGUUAUUUAGACAAAUACAAAUAUUUCAUAUGUUAUUGUUAUGAGAAGUUUUUAUGUCAAUUUUUAGACUUCAAACUCUUUGAGAAUGAGAAUAGUAAGAUUAUAAUUUUAGCAAGAUUUGUACAUAUUUUAGUUCCAUAAGUUAAGUCCUGCCGUUUGGCCAUGUUUGAGACAUUUCACUGUUAUAAAUGUAUAUGUGUUUAUGUUAUUCAAAUCACAAUAUAGAUUGAAAGAUAAUGUAAAUAAAUGAAUUUUACAAAU